UCAUCGUCCAGCGAAGGAGAUCAGCAAGUAGGGUCUCAGCGUCCAUCAAAAACUUCCUAUCCUCGUCCCGAUGGCACCGUGCAAUUCGCUUCCCGAUGGCAAGCUUGUCUUCUUAGCAAUCUACACCGCAGUUGUCGCCGGCAUCGUCUUUUCUGCCCUUGUAAUCCUCUCCUCCCUCGCCGGCGAUGUGGGUGGCGGAAGGACGUUCUACUUAUUCGACAGUUGGCUCUUUGCUUCUGCGUCUUCUGCUUCGCUAUCAUCAUCACCUCCUCCUCUUUCCCCUCCACCGGGUACUACAACACCGAAGCGACAAACAGAGCCUUCUAACAUGUAUACAAGAGCCAUAUGGGAUGUACCACUUGAUACUAAAAUGCCUGAGUUGAAGUUGUUUCAGCUAACUAAGGAUAUGGUGAAGCAUCGUGCACAAGACAACAUUAUUAUUGUGACAUUGGGAAAUCAUGCAUUCAUGGAUUUUAUCAUGAAUUGGGUCAAACACCUAACAGAUCUUAAUAUCAAUAACCUUCUUGUUGGUGAGUUAGUCACCUUAUAACAUUGCUAGUAUGUUAUUGUGAAGAAGUUUAUAACAAUCAAAUGAGUCCUUUUUGAACAGGUGCAAUGGACACCAAACUAUUGGAGUCUCUUUAUUGGAAAGGGAUUCCGGUUUUUGACAUGAGUAGUAAAAAUGGCAAUGAAUGAUGUUGGCUGGGGUUCCCCUGGAUUCCACAAAAUUGGAAGAGAAAAAGUAUUGUUGAUUAAUGCUCUCCUACCUUUUGGCUAUGAGAUACU